GUGCUAGGCGCACUGCACAGUUGAGUCUCCUUGCUGGCCUGGUGCCUGCCUUUUGAUAACAAAGCCAGAAUGAGGUGGGGUGUGUAGCGGCUGGUUUUGUGUGUCAACAUGACACAGGCUGGAGUUAUCACAGAGCAAGGAGCUUCAGUUGGGGAAGUGCCCCCCACAAAGACAAAGCCUCUGGAUUCAGUGGUCCCUCCGGAAGGCCAGUCAUUUCCUGAGGAGAUAUCAGGCCAGCCCAGACCUCAUUGUUCUUGGUUUCCAGCUAUGGCCGCCAUUACCUGACAAGUACCAGAGCUGGUCUCCGCGCGCCUGGAGAGGUUGUCAGAGUUGUUUCUGCUUUUCACACAGCAGGCUUCUGGUCUGUGGCAGGGAAGAGAAGUCUGCCCCCGAGGCAUGGCCGGAAGGCAGAACUAGCUGUGUUCCUCAGUCUGCUGGAAUCUUUCAGGAUUCAGCUGAGGUGGGCCUCAGUCCACAGACAAGAUGCUCCUGGUUCUGCUGCUCACGCUGCCGCUCUAUGCAAGCCUCCAGGCCCAGGAAAACUCUUUCACCAUCAACAGCAUCCACAUAGAGAGCCUGCCAUCCUGGGAGGUGGCGAACGGGCACAGACUGACCCUGCGGUGCAUUGUGGACAUCAGCACCACCUCAGAAACCAGGCCUCAGCACCUGGUGCUGUUCUAUAAGGACGAUGUGCUGGUGUACAACGUCUCCUCCAGGGAGCCCACAGAGAGCUACGUCAUCCCUCAGGCUCGGGUCUUCCACUCAGGGAAGUACAAAUGCACCGUGAUCCUGAACAACAAGGAAAAAACCACGGAGGAGCAGCAGGUGAAGGUGAAUGGCGUAACUGAGCCCAAGAUAACACUGGACAAAAAGGAGGUGACAGAAGGCGGGGUCGUGACAGUCAAUUGUUCCGUGCAGGAAGAGAAGCCGCCGAUCAUUUUUAAAAUUGAGAAAGUAGAACUGGAGACGAAGUUAGUCAAGAAGAGGAGAGAGAAGACCUCCAACGAGAACUUUGUGCUCAUGGACUUCCCCAUUGAGGAGCAAGACCACGUGCUGGUGUUUCGUUGCCAGGCUGGGGUCCUGUCUGGAAGCAAAGUGGCGGACUCGGAAUUCGUCAGGAGCGAAUAUGUCACCGUGCAUGAGUCCUUCUCUACUCCCAAGUUUCAAAUCGAGCCUCCUGGGAUGAUCAUAGAAGGAGACCAGCUCCACAUUAGGUGCAUAGUGCAAGUGACACACUUGGUCCGGGAAUUUCCAGAAAUUAUAAUCCAAAAAGACAAGGCGAUUAUAGCCACCUCCAAGCGAGGCAGCGAAGCCGUCUACUCAGUCAUGGCCAUGGUAGAGUACAGUGGACACUAUACCUGCAAAGUGGAAUCAAACCGCAUCUCCAAGGCCAGUAGCAUCAUGGUCAACAUCACAGAGCUGUUUCCGAAGCCGAGGCUAGAAUUCUCCUCCAGCCGUCUGGACCAAGGGGAAAUGUUGGACCUGUCCUGCUCUGUCUCGGGCGUGCCCGUAGCCAACUUCACCAUCCAGAAGGAAGAGACGGUCUUGUCACAGUAUCAGAAUUUCAGCAAGAUCGCCGAGGAGACGGACAGCGGGCUGUACAGCUGUACCGCAGGCAUCGGCAAAGUGGUCAAGAGAAGUGGCUUGGUACCGAUCCGGGUGUGCGAAAUGCUCUCUAAGCCCAGGAUUUUCCACGAUGCCACAUCUGAGAUCAUAAAAGGACAGGCCGUGGGCAUCAGCUGCUGGUCCGCAAACGGCACUGCGCCCAUCACUUACCACCUUAUAAAAGCAAAGAACAACUUCCAGACUCUCGAGAUGGACUCCAGUGGCCCUGCGACAUUCACAGAUAAGCCCGUCGGAGACGAGGAAUACCAGUGCGUAGCAGAUAAUUGCCAUUCCUACCCCGAGGUGCGCAGCGAGAUCCUGAGGGUCAAGGUGAUAGCCCCGGUGGAUGAAGUUACGAUUUCCAUCCUGUCAAGUAACGAGGUCCAGUCUGGAAGUGAAAUGGUACUUCUGUGCUCUGUGAAAGAGGGGACUGGCCCCAUUACAUUCCAGUUUUACAAAGAAAAGGAGGACAGACCCUUCCACCAAGACAUCGUGAAUAGCACCCAAGCGUUUUGGUUCAACAAACAAACUAGCAAGGAUCAGGAAGGACAAUACUAUUGUACAGCCUCCAACAGAGCCAGUUUGAGGAGGCUCAGUCUCCGGAGCAGCACUCUGACAGUCAGAGUCUUUCUUGCUCCGUGGAAGAAAGGUCUCAUCGCGGUGGUUGUCAUUGGAGUGGUCAUUGCCGCCUUGAUAGUUGCAGCCAAAUGCUACUUCCUGAGGAAAGCCAAGGCCAAACAGAAACCCGUGGAGAUGUCCAGGCCAGCUGCUCCACUUCUGAACUCCAACAGUGAGAAGGUUUCUGAGCCCAACAUGGAAGCCAACAGCCAUUACGGUUAUGAUGAAGUUCCUGGAAACGAUGCAGUAAAACCCAUAAAUCAAAAUAAAGACCCCCAGAACAUGGAUGUCGAAUACACAGAAGUGGAAGUCUCCUCCCUUGAGCCUCACCAAGCUCUGGGAACGAGAGCCACAGAGACGGUGUACAGUGAAAUCCGGAAGGUCGACCCUAAUUUCAUGGAAAAUCGAUACUCUAGAACGGAAGGCUCCCUUGAUGGAACUUAAGACAGCCAAGGCAGGCGCACGUCCCCGGGAGGCCGUCCGUGUCCCGAGAAGAGCAGCCGAUUCCUGUAUUACGAGAGUCCUGUGCACUUAUUUAUGAAGCAGCCCUGGCCCCACUCCUUCAGGCCAAGCCGUCCAAUUUUAAAUCCCCCCUUGCCUUGUUAAUAAUGGGUAUAUGGAGAAUCGGAGGCGCUGUUUAAUGACCAGCCUGACCUGUCUUCCUUGCGUUUGGGGAGGUGAAAGGAGUUUCCAGGAGAACAAUGCCCUGGAGUCUUUUGAGGCUCAAAUGUUGUGUCUCCGAUAGACAGAGCGCUUCCUCAUGGGCCCUCCUGUGCAGAAGCCACUUUCUGCUCUGUCGUCAGUUACUGGGUUAGUUUUUUUGUUUCUGUUCUUCUUUUUCUUUCUGGGCUGACCUUGAUCUUUGGAGGCGCACAGCGCUGCUCAGGCUUGUCCGGGCCCCUGUGUGGUCUCCCCCACCAAGGGGACCAGCUGACCGGGAGCAAUGCCCGUGGAAUGGCCACUUGGAGACAGGCCUCAAGCCGGCAAUGGCAAAACUAGAGACAGGAGCAGGCACAGACGUCCUUAAACCGCUUUCUAGAUCUUUCUUUUCCGCUCCAUGCUGAAGGCCCAAAGAAGAGAAAUGGUUGGCUACAGCAACUGUUUGUUUUUUUUUUAAAUAGUAAAAGGGAAUGUGUACUUUUCUUACUAAUUUUUCUUUAUUUAUUCCCCGCUAAAGAAACAGGCUCCUGAGGUCUGAGCUGUUUCUGAGGGUGGAUUGAGUGGGUGGACGGGAGCUGCUGACAUUUUGCCGUGGAAUCACGCCUGACCCUCCCCACCUUCCCUGUCUGCCUCAGCCACCUGGCGACAGGGCCCCUGAGGGGAGUUGUAUUAAAUAAAAAUUGAUUUUUACUCUUCA